CACGAUUCAUUCGCGUUUCAUCCCUUCGACGAGACAGUACCGGAACGAACGUGUUACGCUAAGGCCAGAGCGCUGAGACGGCCAAGGAAGACAGACAGACGCGAGACGCGCGACGUUGGUCUGUCCCCGUGAGUGAGUGUGUGUCCCCCGGCGUGUGUGUCCGCCGCCCGUCAUGGCCCAAGCGGGUCCAGCUUGCCCGCGUGAAGACGGUACCAACUUCGGUGGCAACAACACUCUUUCGAAAAAGGUCGCUAGAGGCUAGCAAGUGAGUGUGCGAAAGUGUAACGGAGAAGAAGAAAAAGUUACGACGGAACCUAGCGCAAAACACUUCCGGGAACAACCCCCCCGUUCGCGAGGAUACACAGCGCACACCUGUCGAACGUGUCACCCGUCAAGUUGUCGCAAGUUCUGGAGUUCUAAGGUCUUCUGGCUGAGCUGUCCCCCCACCAAACGUGAACGCGCGCGUGAGUGUGAGUGAGUGAAGAACGGAAUCAACAAAGGCAAAACCACUACCACCAGUCGGGUCGACGGGUGCAGCAGUGUUCAGUGUGGUGUUCAGCGGAACCGGAGAUAGUGAAGAACGCGUGAAGAAGUGAGUGCGAAGCGAGCGGAAGAGGUUCUAUUUUUAUACACUAACAAGUCCGGGCUUGUGCAAGAGGAAGAAACGCAAACACACUCACACACAGCGUUACGCCGUAACGCCAGGAAGGAAAAGAGCAAGAGUUGUGUUGUGUGAGGCCCCCCUCCCGGUUGAAGAAGCUCCGGUGCGAGAAAAGAGUGUGUGGUUCGGUGAAGAAGAAUCAAUAUCUAGGCGCUUGCGGGAGUUGGUCGUGUUGUUGUCGUGGACAAAGAAGUCCAACCGCGCGGUUCAGGUGGUCGCACCAACACACAAUCAGGAUAACAACGCUGGCAAUCGAUAUCGGAAGUGUGCGCCGUGCAGAGGGAGAGAGGAUUCACUGCGAGGUUGCGCCUAAAAAUAGACUGCCGCGAGGCGACCUCUGGUGCGAGAAAACGGGAGGCGCGCUCAGCCCCCUUUGAACCUGUUGAUUAACUUAUUACGCGAGUUUGUGCGUGCAAGUGCGUGUGUUUUCGUGUGAAAGGCGCAAGGUCACCCCACCCGGUUGACCAACUCUCUAUUGUACAUAGACCCCCAAACCCCCCCAAGCGCAAUGUUCCGCGAGGUUCUGCCCAUUCUGGCGUACAUGAGCGUCCUGUCCAGCACGUACUCGCUGCACAUGGCACGGGACGCGUACCUCAAGGCACCGCCCCCACCCCCGCCCGCCUCCGCCCAGCAGCUCCUCGAAGAGCUGGACGACAUGUCCGAGCUGCUGGCGGCGGAGAACGCCAUCCCGGCGGCACCCCCCGGCCCAAACAACAACCCCCACCAGCAGCUGCUCCAGCAGCAGCAACAGCUGGCCGUCGGUGCAGCGAUGCAACAGGCUCACCUCGGAAUCGCCACGUCCUCCGGGGCCGCCUCCGGUGGGCCCCACGGCGUCGUCAUCAACCACCUCACCAGUAACGAACUGCCCGAGCUGAGUCCGCCGCCGGUACGUCACCCCGUAGGUCCCCUCAUCCAGCCGCGCGGUCUCCAGGAGCUGUUUGGCGUGCAGAGCAACUACGUCGGCCACAACAACCCGCACAACCUGCAGCAGCAGCAGCAGCGACCCCAGCAGCAGAACCGGAACGCCGCCGAACUGGUCGGCGACGAUGACGACGAGGACGGCGCGGAUCAACCGCUGGAGCAGCGAACUCCCGCCAACAACAAGCGAUCGUCCUCGUCGUCGGCGAGCUCGUCCGGAUCGUCCGGGGACAGCAGUGGGCAGAACGGUGGAGGAGGUGCGGGAGGAAGUGCUGGUGGCAUGCCGUCGAUUCCGCACGGCAUGGCCAGCCAGCUGAUGCUGCGCAGUGCCCGCGGACAGCGGCAGUACGACGUGCCGCAGAUCGAAUGUCCACCCGCGAUGGACGGGAUGGAGCGAUUUGCGUGUCCCACGCCGGACAGACAGGGCCGGUAUCGGUGUAUAGACGACCACGUGCUCUGCGACGGGUUCAUCGACUGCCCCGAGGGCGAGGACGAGGACCGGCAGGCGUGCAUGUUCUACAAAACGACGAAGGCACAUCUGGACGUGCUAGCCGAUGCCCUGUUGAGAUGGGCACGAGGACGUUAAGUCAGCAGCAGCAGCAAUAGCAUGAGAGCAGCACAGGAAGAACAAGUGAGAGGAGUGAGAGCAUGAACAAAGUCAACUCAAAGUAACAACAACUAAAGGAAACUCUGACACGCGAAAGGAGAGAGAGUGCAAAAAAAGGUGGGAAGUCAAAAUGGAGAGAAGAAAAAACUGUAAAUAGACAAAACAAAACACAACACACGAGACAAACACUCCCACAUACACAUACAUACACACAGAGAAACAGAUAAAAAUAUAUAUAUUUAUUAAGGACACACAAACACACACACACACACUCUACCGAUUGGCAGUAGUAGACACAGGAUCAAGCGAAAAACGAUAAGCUGCCAGCCGCGCGUCUGACAGUUGAACGAUAGGUGCGCGGCCCCGGCGAGGUUAUACCAAAGAAAACAUAAAACUGAACAAAGGCAAAACUGAACACAUACACUGUAAGGGUACAUAGAUGUGUGUAUAAGAGACAAACAAAACAAACAAACAAUGAGCACACCUAAACCAAAAGUAAAUGUAAUUUUUCCCGUUUGGUUUCCCCGUUUCAAAUCAGUCACAAGAAUACCUACUCCAGAUAGAGCAAAUCGCGCGCGCGUGAGACGAAAUACGAAACGAUCAAAACGAUAACCUGUCCGCACCUCCUCCUUCUCCCUGACGUUUGUUUUGAUUUCCUUACUCACACUGAGACAGUUUGUUCCGAUUGUUUUCUCGUUUUGCGUCACGAUAAGAACGAUAAGUGCAUCACAACAGCAACAACAACUACAGCAGUAAACAGAGGAGCGGUGGAGAGACACUUGUAUAGAAAUUAAAAUUAACAUCCAAGAUCGUUACAGUUAAUGGAAUUAAGUCAAAGACAAAAACAAAAAUCUUGCAGAAAACUAUUCUCAUGGACAAGGCAGCUAUAUUGUAUAGAUAAGUCACAAUUUUAACAAGUAAAAAAGUAAAAGAGAAUCCAACCUUAGUCAACUAAAAGGAUAAAGAAGAACAAACACACAUACACACUCGUAGGAGGUAAGAACACUCACACCAUCACACAAGAACACACAAACACAUUGUUAUAUCUCUAUCUUCAAGAACAAACGCUCGUGUAUUUAGGAGAUACCAGAACAAGAGCAAAGCUAUCGUGUAACAACAUUCCAAGUAUACACACUUUACGAGUAAACAAAAACAAAACACUGAAACAAGUGUGCGCACCUUAACAAAACAAAAAAAAACAGCUGCACGCGGUAGCGAGAGGUUUGUCACUUGCCAAAACCAAAACAAACAAACAAAAAUCGAAAAGGGCCUCUCGCACACCAACAACACUCACACAAAGAACAACAACAAAGGUAAACAAAGAAAACAAAAAAAAGUCCGCGAAGAUCUUAUUUUAGUCAAAGUUUUAGUUACUAAUUCAAGCGUUCUGUUCCAAACGAGGAGAGACACAGGUCGUCUUCUACUGUAAAUAGCAGCAAACAAACAAACAAAAAAGUAACAAUUACAUAAGCAAAAGCGCGCAAAGCGCGCACGCACGCACGCUCCAAACGUCAAAUGUGACAGCGCGGGCGUGCGUGCGCGCCCAGUCACACGUCAAACAUUCCUUGUGUAAAAACAAAACAACUAACUUUAAGGCGUUAGGGAAAGCUCGCGCGCGCACACUUGUUGUGGGCGCGUGACAGAUAAACGAUAAGAAGCGAAAUCUCUAUGUUUUCACGUGAUCCUGACCCCUGGUUCGGUUUGAGUUUUUUAAUUAUUUUUUCACACCGUCACGUUUGACAGAUCGGCGUGAGUGCCUGUUUUUGCGGGGAACUCUUAAAGAGAUCCCCGUUUAAAAAGGGUGGAAAAAUGUAAACAAAUCGUGAUAAAUGAUUCCCUGCCUGGCGCUGCUCGCUUCUAGGGAAGCUGGCAACACUGCUGGUUUGGGAGGAGCGCGCUGGCAACCGUUGUUGAGAGCUAGGUUAAAACGGAAGCGCAAAACUUUCAAAACUUUGACUGAGCAAAAAAAAACAUAAAAAAAGUGGUUAAUGUUACUAGAGUGAAACAAAGUAAACAAACGAAAUAGGUGUUGAAUAUUGUAAUUUGACGGAACGUCAACAGAACAAAGAAAAUGGGACAAAACGCGUGUGUGCGAAAAAAUUAGGAGAAGAUUAUUUUAAAUUGUUUUAUUUUGAUGUUUCCGAGCGAGAAACGUAGCAGGAAAGCAAGUGUAAAUGGCUGUACAGCUGUACCAGAGGAGAUGGCAAAAAUACAAACCAAAAAACGUAAUGUAAACAAUCAACUGUAAAAAGAAAUUUUAAGAACAAACACACAAACACUGAGAGAAAAACACAAACAUUGGUUGUGGAUAAGAAGCGUUCAGUCACCUUACGUUCCAUCUUUCAAUUUACGAACGACUAAAACAAAACAAAACAAAAAAACACUCACACACACACACGUACACUCGUAACUCAAAGGAAUGCACACAAACAAUUAAGAAAAAAGUCAAGAAAAUAUUUAAAUUCAAAAUAACAAAAAGCAAACACGAAAAAGUAUAAAUGUCUAUUUGCACAAUAUACCUUUACUGAGAAACAAAACAACCAAAAACAAAACACGGAGAACAAAUUUUAAAACCAAAGUAAAAACAGCAAGAAGAAAUAAGGAUUAAAAAAACUCAUAACAAACACCUCAGAAAACAAUCUCUCCUUAAUGUCAGUGUUAAUUUAGGGCAGAAUAAGAACAACUAUCUCAACGAUUCGAAGAGCAAAACAAACUAAACUAUUGUUUACAUCCAGAGCGGUGACAGCGCGAGCUGUCAAACCUCCAGGGGAAAAAUACAAGCAAACAAGCGCCGUGCGAGAUUUAUUUGAAUACCCACCUUUAGGUUAAUUUUUAUCGUCUUUUUAAAGUUAACAAAAGCAAAACAAGCAAACAAAAAAGUGCAAGCAAAGCUGUCAAUAUGGCCAGUUGAUCAGAAAAAAAAACUAUUAGCAAGUUAGCGAAACAGAUGAGAUGUCAAAAGAAUGGUUUAAUUUUUCAUGUGACAUGCCGCAAUUCACUACCUAAACAAUACAAACUGUCAUGACUGUUUUGUUACGUCAUAUUUUCACUAUUUUCUUUUGUUUUGAUUUCAUCCUUGGCGAUUCAAGAAUAACUAUUCAACAGGGCAAAAAACAUACAAAAUGUUCAGUUUUUGGCAUCCUCAGCAAACGUCUAUUCAGUAUUUGUUUACGUCAUUUCGGAAUAUGUCACUGUUGUCUUUUUUGUUUUGUUUUGAUUUCUUCACUGCGAUUCAAGAGGAAAUUUUGAAAAGAGCGUAACCUUGGAUGCAAACAAACAGUUCUUCACACUAACUCUAGUGAAUGUUCACAUUGAGUGUGAGUCGGGUGAUUUUGUUUACAUCCGAGGUUAAGUUUUAUUUGUAGGAUCUAUUGCCUUCCGCAAACAGUGACAUAACCUCACUUCUCGGUACCCUUAGCAAACAUCAAACCAGUACAAAUUUGGUGUUGACUCUUUUUCGGAAGAGAUUUUUCGUUUGCUGAGAGUUCUGAAAGUGAGGUUAUGUUAAGUUAAGUUAAGUGACAAUUGUUUUUCCAGAAAGAUAUAAUCUCCGAUGUAAACAAACAGUUCAUUCGGCUAACUAAUUCUAUUGUAUGAUUAUACUGAGUAUGAGUGGGAUGAGCUCCUUUUUUCGAGUUUACGACCUUUUUGCAAAGUGCAGAACAGCAGAAAUUCUUCAAAAGGCUUUAACGUCAAAUUAAAAUCAAAGUUUAAUCAGUUUCUACACAGAAACUUUCCUUCCGAUUGCAAUCAAAAACUUCACUCCAUCUAUUUUUAAAACAUUUAUCGCCAGCAAAGUGGCUUCCCUUUCUUUAAAAAAGUGGGGGGUGUGGAAAAUUGAGCAUCAGGUAAAGCCCACAAACUAUCAUCAAACUGUUGCUUGUUCAUUUCACCGCCCUCUUCCACCUCCCUUAAAUUCCACCAGAACUCAGGUGUAAUUCCCAAGCUUUAUUUUCACUUUGCAUGAAACGAGAAUUAAAUGUUUAUUUUUAGAACCCACGCCGAGAUUCGAGAGGGCCUCUCGACGAAGGGCUUGCUGGAACACGGGCGCCCCGUAAUUCGAUAAGAUCGGCGAACCUCUUCUCCGCCACUCGAAUCGCCCAAGUGGGCACCGUGGCGCGGGGUGACUUUGACUACUUCCCCGAUUUUCCUUUAAUUGGUUCGAAUCGAGUCAGAGCAUGUCAAAAUUCCGAGAAAAAAAAACGCUUCAAUCGAAUCCGCCACCAGAUGUCACUGCGACACUGUCACCCUUCGGGCGUUUCACCCACACCAAGUAUACAUUUGGGCGUUUCAACGGUCGAAAGUUGCCACCACUUUUGAAGCAACUUGCAGGCCCUCGGCGCAAAAGGAGAAACUUUUUUCGCUCCCCCAUUACUGCCGAGUCGCGAACUUCAACAGGCUCAACCUCCCCCCCGCUCAAACCGUUUUCCCACAACUUCACCGAGGCGAGGAAAAACAUACAAACGAAGAAAAGAAUAACAAACCCAGCACCGAAAUGGGGUCAGUUGUGACGUCAAAGCGUCAGAUUCAACGGAUAGAAGAAAAAAACUCGCUUCUGUUUUGCUGCCUCACUCUCGAGCUUUGUGGAAAAUGGGGAAACUUGAAACUUGAAGAUUGCGCGCGUUCCUUCAAAUUUGGCCUUCGUCGGCGGGAGGAACUCUUGAUACUCGCUGGUGACAUGACUCCAGAUUUGAUUGUUUGAUUUUAUUUGUGCCUUGAGGCACUCAAAGGGUGAAAGUUUGAGUUGAAAACUCGAAAAUUAGGCCUUCAAAAUGAGAGAAAUCGAUCACAAGUUGCUUAAAAUGAUUUUUUCGACUUUUAUCGUUUUUAUCGUUCUAUAUCGUUUUUAUCGUUUUACAUCGUUUUCAUGCCUUUUGUCAGCUAUUCAUCAAAAAAGUGAUUUUGACCAACAAAAACUCAAUAAAAAGCUGCAAUUUUCAGUUAAUUCACCUAGCAGUGUGCCGCCAGCCAACAUAUAUGUAAUGGACUUUAAAUUUCUUUAAAAAGGGGUUCGUGGCCAGACUCGAACCCGGCACCGAUCGUGACACACUGGAAACAAAAAAUCAACACAGCUAACAAACGAACUACAACGCCAUUUUCAUAGCACGAGAGCCCAUUUGAGGAAGAGGAAAUCUUUUUCAAUCCAGUGGAAAAGAGGAAAGAGAGUAAAAUAUUUAAAAAAUAAAAAUCCCAAAAAGUAUAUUAAAGAAAAACAAAGAAAAGACUGACUUAGUGCGACCGAAAAAAACCCUAAUAAUUACCAAAAAAAAAAUAAAAGUAGUUAGCGAGAGAAUAAAAAUUAACCUAUCGACCAUGGGUAUUUGAAUGAGUUUCCCGGUGUGUGUGCUUCUGUUUUCUUCUAGUGCAUGCAACAAGGAAACAGACCGACAGCAAAUCACACAAAAAGCAAAAACGUCCCACAUACUUCACUUAGCAAUAAAUUUCAAACUUAUCAGCAACAAUUUAAGAUACCUUAAAUUUACAGUCGGAAAAGAGAGGAAAAAAAACUAGGCGGGACGAGCUGGCUCUGCACAACGAGAAAGUCGAAACUAACGUAACUUUAACGAUCUUCAUAUCGAGUGUAUUCGUUGUGUUUUUAAGUAUUUCUGUUUUUCGAUUGGAAACGGUGCAACAACAGAGAAAAACUGAAAGUUUAUCUAACAUAAAAGUAUUAUUUAAUAAGCGAGCAAAAACCCCUCACCUGUAAAAAAAAAGGUAAAAUGAUCAUAAGAGCAACACUUCGAAAAGCAAAUCAAGAAAAAAAAAAUCAUAGAAAAGCUGCUAAGCGAAAAAGGAAAGAACGAAAGAACUAAACAAAUGGGCUCCCGUACUGUGAAGAGGUAAAAUCAAAGUGGAAAAGUCAAAAAGGGAAAGUGAAUCAAACAACAAGUGACGAACUCAGCACUAUUCAAGCGUCCAGAUGAAAAGUUAAAAUAAAUAAACAAAAAAAAAUGCACCGACUCCAACUAGGGAAAAGGUAAAACCAUGUCGAAGACAACGUGUAACAUAAGACUAGGAAAGGGACUCGCGAAGUGGCCUGGAGUCGGUGACGUCACCAAACAGACACACACACACACACACAAACUUGAAAAAAAAACAAAACUUGUUAAUAUCGCCGUCGAAUGGAAAUAUUUGUUAUUUAAAAAGUGAAACACACAAAAAGCAACAACACACACACAAAAGAAGUAUUUAAACAAACAAACACUGAAUGUCAGCGUGCGCGUGUGUGCGUGUGCAAAACGCAGCUAAAGAAGAAGGCACUAA